CGUGAUUCCACGCUCGCAUCUCCCACCCCCAAACCCGGCCUAGAGGACCUCGAGCUGCGAAAGGGCGGGAAAAGCGGUUGGAAAGAAGGGCGAGCGGUUACUCACUCCAUGGCAGCGGAAAAGAGAGGCGGCGGCGGCCUCGGUUGAAGAAAGAAGACGGGAGCGGGAGCAAAGGCGCGGUUGUAGACGCUGGCCGAUUUUGCUUUGGGAGCUGGAGUAGCUGCUGCCACCAGAGUCUGGAACCAUGAGCGCAUUUAAUUUUGGAAGCACUGGCGCUUCCACAGGCGGAUUCACAUUUGGCACUGCAAAAACAGCAACCACCACACCUUCCAUGGGGUUUUCCUUCUCCACUCCCAGCACUGGAGGGUUUACCUUUGGCACUCCCUCCCAGCCUGCUUCGAGUGCCCCUUCAACCAGCCUCUUCUCGCUCACCACCCAAGCCCCAGCAACACAGACCCCAGGGUUCACUUUCGGAACAACUCCUGCUUCCACAGCAGCUGGCUUUUCCUUAGGGAUCAGUGUUCCAAAGCUGAGCCUGAGCAACACGACUGCCACCCCAGCCACGGCAAACCCUGGCGGCUUUGGGCUCGGUGGCAGUACCCUCACCAAUGCCAUAUCAAGUGCUGUCACCUCCAGCCAGGGGAUGGCAUCCACUGGCUUCGUGUUUGGCUCCUCUACCACCUCCACGGCUCCAGCUACCACAUCUGGAGGGUUCUCAUUCACCAGUGGAAGCACAUCCCAGGCCGGAACCUCUGGCUUCAACAUUGGCUCCCUGGGCAGCGCGGCCCAGGCACAGCCCACAGUACUCACUGGAUUGGCCUUCACUGCAUCCACGCCAGCAACCAGCGCGGCAGGGGUCAGCCAGCCACCUGCUCCCACACCCACAGCCGCCGCCACCAGUGCAGGGCCCACACUCUUCGCCUCAAUAGCAGCUGCUCCCACCUCGGCCACCACUGGGCUCUCUCUCUGUGCCCCAGCAACCACCACCGGACCUGCUGGGGCUGGGACCCUGGGCUUCAGCCUCAAAGGGGCAGCUUCUAGCACCUCCACAGUAACAUCCACUAGCACGGCCACCACCACCGCCACCACCACUGGCUUUGCCUUGAAUAUAAAACCACUGGUGCCAGCUGCGAUUUCCAGCAAUGCAGCAGGUACAGCUGCUCCGUCUGGCUCCAGUGCAGCCACUGGGACUGCCACCUCCCCUGUGAUGACCUAUGCACAGCUGGAGAGCCUGAUCAACAAGUGGAGCUUGGAGCUGGAGGACCAGGAGCGCCACUUCCUCCAGCAGGCCACCCAGGUCAAUGCCUGGGACCGCACGCUAAUCGAGAAUGGGGAGAAGAUCACCAGCCUGCACCGUGAGGUGGAGAAGGUGAAGCUGGACCAAAAGCGGCUGGACCAGGAGCUCGACUUCAUCCUGUCACAGCAGAAGGAGCUGGAAGACCUGCUGAGUCCCCUGGAGGAAUCAGUGAAGGAGCAGAGUGGGACCAUCUACUUGCAGCAUGCUGAUGAGGAGCGGGAGAAGACCUACAAGCUGGCUGAGAACAUCGACGCACAGCUGAAGCGCAUGGCCCAAGAUCUCAAGGACAUCAUCGAGCACCUGAACACAUCUGGAGGCCCUGCCGACACCAGUGACCCGCUGCAGCAGAUCUGCAAGAUCCUCAACGCACACAUGGACUCACUGCAGUGGGUGGACCAGAACUCGGCCCUGCUGCAGAGGAGGGUGGAGGAGGUGACCCGGGUGUGCGAGGGCCGCCGCAAGGAGCAGGAGCGCAGCUACAGGAUCACGUUUGACUGAGGGCACCCCUCGGGUCGGGGGCUCUGGGCUUGGGUCGGGGUGCUGUGUCUGAUUUAGGCUUGCAAUGAGACACCUGUUUCUUGCUUUUCAAAUGAUUUUGCUGUUGAGAAUUAUUCUGUGGUUUGACUUUUCCAGUUAGCAAAUAGCAAGUAUUUUCUGUGUCUUCUGGGCAGUUUCUGUUCCACCCUUGUAGCUCUGGCCCCAUUUCACCUACUGCCACCACCCACCUCGUCACCAAAUGACAGAGAAAUAUUGCUUCACCUAAGCAGUCUCCCCCAGCCACUCCAUCCAGCGCGUAGCAGUAGAAACAGUGGGAAAGAACUGAGGUUAAGGAAUCUAUCCUCAGCUGUCAGCCUUGGGGUACAAGAUGUGCACUCCUGAAAAUUAACUGCCAAGACAAGUAUACUGUGACCAGGACAGACAGUGAGACAGAAGACUCCAGAGGAGGAGCUGGGCAGCCGAGGGGCCACAGGGGUAGAGGAAGGGCAGAGAACAUCCAGCUGGUCCUCAGGGCUCGCCCUGCAGCAGGAGGCAGCCCAGAUCUCUGGUGCCCUGUGGUGAGUCCUGCUCUGUUGAGCUGUGCUCACCAUGUGCUUCUCCAGCUCACCAUUAGAGUGUAAGCUCCUCACAGCAGGCGCAGACUGUUCCCCUGUGUACACCCCACACAAGUCCUGUUGCAUUUAUUCAGUGACCAAACGGUGAUGAAACUGAGCAUAACGCCAGCCCAAAAAAUGCCUGCUGAAGUGACCUCAGUUGCCAGAGGUCAGCUUGGUUCUGAACUUCCCCAUGCCAAAGUUAACUUAGCCCCGGUAAGUCCUGGGGUGUCUCAGAAGCUGAAUCUGGGCUCUGUCCUGGGGGUCUUUGAUGUUUUGUUUUUAUUUUGCUGCAUUCUCUGAAAUACUUCUGAUUAUAUGUUGCUUUCCUAAAUAAAAUCAGUGUGUGAAAGAAA